AUGUCGGAUGCAGCAAUCAGAGACCUAGCCGGCAAGGCGCUCCUCCCAAUCGACCCAAAGGCCGCCGAGGCAAAGCAAUCUGUCGACAAGCAACUCGCCCGAGUCGUUAAGGACCUUGAAGCCAUAACGAAGGAGCUCAAAAGGUCGUCGAUCGCGUUCAAGACGUCAGACAUCUUAUCGCAGGUUCGCUCGAUAGUUUCGGACGGCGGUCAGGAGACAAUGCUUCCGGGUGCGACAUGGAAGAACGAUCCGGCCAACAAACCUGCAGGCGGCCAGGGGAAGCCAACAACGAGCGACCCGAAGGGCAGCAAACCUAUCGAAAGGCCUAUCUUUGAUCCAGACGCAUGA